UCCAAUUUACAAACUCGAAACAAAUCAAGCGCUCUUUCUUUCUCUAGCAUUUCAAAUGGCGCCCAAGCCAGAGAAGAAGCCAGCCGAGAAGAAGCCGGCGGAGAAAGCUCCGGUAGCGGCGGCGGCAGCUGAGAAGAAGCCAAGGGCAGAGAAGAAGCUCCCUAAAGAAGCGGCCUCGUCGGUCGUCGACAAGAAGAAGAAGAAGGCCAAAAGAAGCGUGGAGACGUACAAGAUGUACAUAUUCAAGGUGUUGAAGCAGGUCCACCCGGACAUCGGGAUCUCCGGCAAGGCCAUGGGGAUUAUGAACAGCUUCAUCAACGAUAUCUUCGAGAAGCUCGCCCAGGAGUCCUCCAGACUCGCACGGUACAACAAGAAGCCGACAAUUACCUCGCGCGAGAUCCAAACGGCGGUGCGGCUGGUAUUGCCAGGCGAGCUUGCCAAGCACGCCGUGUCGGAGGGCACUAAGGCGGUCACAAAGUUCACCAGCUCUUAGGGUUUUGGUAUUCCAGUAAAACAUUCAGGUUCUAGUGGGGUUGUUUUGGUACUUUCUGAAUUGGUUUAAUGGUUCCUGAAUGUAAAGAUUUUUUGGGUUAUUAGCAUCUCUCGUUGUAAUUCGAUGGCAUUAAUGAAUGGAAUACAUAUUUUUUCUCCUUUCA